AUGAAGCCUCUGAAAAAAUCUCUCUUGAAAGCUGGUGCUGAGCCAGUCAUGCCAAACAAUGCCGACUCAGACAAUAGCCUGGCUUCUCUCUACCUCAUCGCUUGGAAAGCCAGAGAUCCUGGAGGCGUUUUUCACAAAUUCCCAAUUACUCGUGACGACGAUGCCAAUCGUGUGCCGCUAUCCUUACCCGAUUCAGUCACUGCCCUGUCAUGGACCGUUGAGGGUUCUACUCCAGAUAUUUUGGAAGCCAACUUUCAAUGCACUGCAGUUUACAUCAGGGAGGAGUAUACGGUCAUGCUGUCUGCGCUCUUAAAGGCUCUCCAUAAAUCCGGAGGCGAUGCAUUUGGAUAUGAUAGAAUCGAUGCCAAAGCAUUCCAAGAUAAAUUUCCCCCUGUCAACCCAUUCGAGAAAAUGCAGGUCCAGAAGGUUACCGCGUGCAAAGCACCUUGCAUUGUUGUCACCAGAACCCCGGGAAUUGGGAAGAGCCUAUUCUUGUACUAUAUACUUGCCUUGCGUCUCCUUGCGCAGAAGUCGACUGUCCUGCUUUACAAGCAAGGAUAUUGCCUCAUUUUCCAUGAAUGUGGACAACGAAGGCGUCUGUCGCCCACCUCAUUUCCUAGAGGGGAAUGUAGAACUACGCCUCGGCUCAUUGUUGUCGCAACAUCACCAAGGAUAGAACGGAUGACGUUUAACAAGGACCCAAAUAGUCCUCGACUUUGGAUGCAUCCUUUUAAAGAGAAAGAGCUCUACGAAGCGAUGGGUAUGCAACUCAGGCGGCUGAAGGAAAUACAAUUACGAGCCUUUUUUGAUAAAUUCGGCCCUGUUGCGCGUGAAGCGUUCCAAUUCUCUCGGAAUCUAGAUGGUUACGAAAAUAUUAUUCUAUUUGAACUUGGCUUUACUUCGCUAGAAAGUCUUCAACAUCGCAUUGGCCAGGUGGUCUAUGGUCAUUCCGAUAGCGGUUUGUCUCAUAAAAUGCUUGCUACUUACCCUACGGAUGACAGUGAUCAUACCGAUUUCAAUGUUGCGAUUCCUACGAAGAAACUUGCAGAUUUGGUUUUUAGUCGCCUUAUGGUACACAAUAUGCAAGAAGCUAGGACGGUUUGCAGUAUAUUCCUCCGAUUCCAGAAGUCAAGGGCUGUUGCUAGCUACCUGCUGGAACCAUUCACCUUAAAGGUUCUUCCGGAUGGUGAUCAAUGGCGAGAAGGUGACCCUGAUGCACCGGUGUCAGAGACCUUUGAUCUCGUAGGUUAUCAGUAUCUUGAGAAGGACAGACCUCCGCCACAGGAGGUUGGAUUUUAUGUACCAACUGCAGCAAGUCAGCCCACCUUCGACGCAGUUGCGCGUGUCAACGACGCAGCCAACCCUUUUGUCAUUUUCCAAAUGACGUGCGACAAAAGUCAUAAAAUUAACUCUAUUGGUCUGAACUGGGUGGGACAAGGUAAAGUGGACAUCAUAGUUGUCACAAGCUGGGAUGGUGGGGAAGAUAUAGAGUCCCGUCGACCGCGGUAA